GCCAAGGACUCCGGGCCGUGCCAGCACGGCCCACGCGAGGCCGUAUAAAUGGGCGCAUUGGCGACAGAGCUGGCACUCUCAAGUCAGCCGGCGAUCUCCUCUGACCCAGCAGCACCAUGAAAGUCCUGAUCCUCGCCGCCCUCCUGGCCGUGGCCGCCGCCGACUACCACGAUGACACCUUCCACUUCUCCACCGUGGGAAGCGUGAGCGGUCUCCAGAAGAGCGCCUUCGUCCAGGCCUCCAGCCCCGUCAUCACCAACAAGUACACCACCUACGCCGCCCCCGCCGUCGCCAAGCAGUACUCCUUCGUGGCCCAGCCCGCCUACACCCAGCAGUACUCUGUGAAGCAGGUCGCCCAGCCCGCUUACACCCAGCAGUACUCUGCCCAGCAGGUCGCCGCCCCCCUGCUCGUCAAGAGCGUCGAGGAGGAGAUCCCCGUGUACUCCCAGCAGUACGCCGUCAAGCAGGUCGCCCAGCCCGUGUACUCCCAGUACUCCGCCGUCAAGGAGAUCGCCCAGCCCGCUAUCUUCUCCCAGCAGUACACCGUCGCCCAGCCCGCCUACACCCAGUACGCCGCCGUGAAGAAGGUUGCCCAGCCCGUGUACACCCAGCAGUACUCCGCUGUUGCCCAGCCCGCCUUCACCCAGUACGCCGCCGUCAAGGAGGUCGCUAAGCCCGUGUACUCCCAGUACUCCGCCGUGAAGAAGAUCGCCCAGCCCGUGUACACCCAGUACUCCGCUGUUGCCCAGCCCGCCUACACCCAGCAGUACUCCGUCAAGCAGGUUGCCCAGCCCGCCUACACCCAGUACGCCGCCGUCAAGCAGGUCGCUCAGCCCGCCUACUCCCAGUACUCCGCCAUCAAGGAGAUCGCCAAGCCCAUCGUCGCCGUCUCCCAGUACUCCGCCAACAACCUGUACUCCCAGCAGUCCGACUCCGUCGCCACCUACGCCAACGCCUACAACGGACCCCAGUUCCGCAUCCUGUCCCAGGUCCAGGAGGCUGACCCCUCUGGCCCCUACAAGCUGAGCUACUCCACCGAGAACGGCAUCCAGGCCACCGAGCAGGGUUCCCUCGUCGCUGGCGCUGAGGGCGCUGUUGUCGCCGCCCAGGGCUCCUACUCCUACACCGGCGCUGACGGCCAGGUCUACACCGUCAACUACAUCGCCGACGAGAACGGUUUCCGCGCCUCCGGCGACCACCUCCCCACCCCUCCCCCAAUCCCCGCUGAGAUCCUCAAGUCCCUGGAGGAGAAUGCCGCCUCCGGCGAGCAGUACGACGACGAGGGUCGUCUGGUCUACAAGCACUUGUGGUUCGUGCGUGCUUCAGAGUUCACCCUGGCCGACAUGAAGCUCAUCGUUCUCGCAGUGCUGGCCGUCGUGGCCGCCACCCGCGCCGACUACCACGAUGACGUGUUCCACUUCAGCACCCUGAGGAGCCCCGUGACGCUGUCCGGGCGCCAGCCCGCCUACCCACGCUCUGCGUUCGGCUACAACAACUACCAGAACCAAUACAUUUCGGAGCCCAGCGCGUACUACACCCAGUACAGCCCCGCCGCCGUCGCCUCCAGCAAUGCAUACUACUCCCAGUACACCCCCGCAGUUUCCUCCAGCAAGGCGUACUACUCCCAGUACACCCCCGCAGUCUCGUCCAGCAAUGCGUACUACUCCCAGUAUAACCCCGCCGUCACCACGAACAACGUGUACACCCAGUACACGCCCGCAAUCGGUGCGUACCGUAGCGAGUACACCCCGGCCGUCGUCACCUCCAACGCCGCGUACUACCAGGCCCCCUUCCAGUACGUCCAGAGCCCCGCAGUGGCCGUAGACUACGUCAGCAAGCCCGCGGUUCGCAUCUCUGCGCCCGCCGUCACCUACAGCAGCCCGCUGGCCAGCUCCAGCCACUACUCCCUGGGCGGUCUGUACGCCGGCAGCGGCAGCGGCAGCUACGCCCCCGCCUACAAGUACCGCAUCCUCAAGCAGGUGCAGGAGGUCGACCCCAGCGGCCCCUACCGCGCCCACUACGCCACCGAGAACGGCAUCACCGCCUCCGAGGAGGGUUCCCUGGUGGGCGGCGGCCCCGAGGGCCCCGCCGUGGCCAAGCAGGGCACCUACUCCUACACCGGCCCCGACGGCGUGCUCUACUCCGUCAACUGGGUGGCCGACGAGCUCGGCUUCCGCGCGUCCGGUGCCCACCUGCCCCAGGCGUGAGCACGGCUGCCCACCACCAAGUCACAGUACCGAAAACGCAAAACUGAAAAUAAAGGACGAUUUAUUUAA